AUGGAUAAAUCAUCAUCAGAAUUUACAAAAGCAAAUAAUCAAUUUCAGAAUCAAGACAAAAGAAAAUCAUUUGAAGAAAAUAGUUUAAACAAAAAACCAAAAAUAGUUAACUAUUUCAAAAAUGCUGUGUUAAAUAGUACAGAAAGUAGAAAAAAUCAAAAUAUAGUUGAUGAAUCUAUUGAUAAACACUGUGAUAACGUAAAAGAUAGUCAAGAUAGCCCAAUAGAUAAUUUUACCAAUGAUCAUGAAUUUAAAAAUACAUCACGGGAAAAUGACAUUUCAUUACUUUUAGAUAAUUUCAAAUUAAAUUUACAAGAAAGAUUGGAAUUUAUUAAUACAAUUUGGGCACCUGAUUUUAAAGGAGGAAUAGGAAAACAAAGUUUGGGCAUGUUGUGUACCAAAGAAUUUUCUAAUUGGAAACAUGCAAUUGAAAAGUUUAAAAAUCAUGAAGAAACUGGUUAUCAUAAAACAUCUGCUGAAAUUAUUGAAAAUAGGAAAUUGAUUAUGCCUGUUAUUGAGUCUAUAAUUUUUUGUGGGCGCCAAGGUCUUUCAUUAAGAGGUCAUAACGAUUCUGGACCUUUAAUAAUGCAACAUGAACCUAUCGAAAAUGAUGGUAACUUUAGAGCUGUAUUAAGAUAUGGACUUCGCAUGACUUCUGUAGUAAAUUCUGAUCUAGAACUAAUAAGAGAACGUUGUAAACUUAAAAAAAUAAAUUCUUCAAAAGGUUUUUGUGUUCUUGCCGAUGAAACUGCAGACGUAGCUGGAGUAGAACAGUUUUCAAUUUGUGCUAGAGGGCAAGGCUACGAUGGGGCGGCUGCUAUGAGUGGAAGGUUUAAUGGUGUCCAAAGUAUAAUAAAACAACAGUACAAGACAGCUGUAUAUGUUCAUUGCAGUGCUCAUGUGUUAAAUUUAGUAAUAUGUAGUUCUUGUGAAAUAUCUUGUAUCAGAAAUGCGAUGGGUGUUAUUGAAAGUAUAUAUAAUUUUAUGAAUACUCCUAAACGACAGUGUGUAUUACAAAGUGAGGUAAGAAAUAAAAUACCAAAUUCAAAGAAAGAAAAAUUAAUGAAGUUAUGUGCGACAAGGUGGGUAGAAAAACAUGAAUCUAUUAGGACAUUUAUUGAUUUACAAGAAGCUAUAGUGAGCUCAUUAGAAAUGAUGACAGAGUGGGUUGAUAAAGAAACUUCCUCAAAAGCAACACAACUACUUCUUUCAUUAAGAGAUACAACAUUUAAUGUAAGUUUACUAGUUAUUGAUGAAAUAUUUAAACAUUCUUAUGUAUUGUGUAAAGCACUACAAAGAGACAAUAUUGAUUUAAUAGAAGCAAUGAAUUUAGCUGAAGAUUUAACUAAAGAAGUAAAACGAAUGAGACAAAAUAGUGAUGAAGUUUUUUCAAACAUUUUUAUGACCUUAGAAGAAAAAUCUAAACUUUUAAAUUUUGAUAUUCAUAUUCCAAGGAUUUGUAAACGCCAAACUAACCGUUAUAAUAUUUCUACAGACUCUGCUGAAGAGUAUUAUAGAAUAUCAAUUUUUACACCGUUUUUAGAUUAUUUUAUUGAUCAAAUGAAUACACGAUUUAUAGAGCACCAAACAAUCUUAAAAGGAUUUCAAUCUUUAUUUGACAAUGAUUUGGAUAAAGAUAGAAAUGACAUUUUAGAGUUACUACAUUUUUAUAAAGAAUCAGAUGAUUUAAGUGACUCUGAUAUAGUUAUAUCGGAACUUAAAAUGUGGAAAAACGUUUUAAAUAGAAUUGAAAAUGAACAAAAACCAAAAAGAGCUAUUGAAUUUCUUAAAUUGUGUGAUGAAGACCUAUUUCCAAAUGUGUACAAGUUAUUAAAAAUAGUUUGUAUUUUACCUGUGACAACAUGUACUUCUGAAAGAAGUUUUUCAUCAUUAAGAAGACUUAAAACGUAUUUAAGAAGCACUAUGACAGAGAAUAGACUCAAUGGCUUAGCCAUGUUAAGUAUUCAUCGAGAAGAACUUAUUACUCCAGAAGAAUUGUACUUGUUUCUUUUACCAAUUAAAUAG